AUGGUGAGCCGAAGGGGGUGGGGGGGGAGCCGGGGGCGGCUGGGGCGGUGGGGAGACUUGGGGCCCAGCUCGGUGCCCCUGCUCCCCAUGCCGCCGCUUCUGCCUGCUCCUCCCUGCCGGGGACCCGGGGGAGGGCGGAUGGCUGUCUUCUCCCUGUCCCCUCGUGCUUCGAGGAGCUCCCCCUCCUCGCGGACCCCUCCUUCCCUGGGCUCCCCUCGCCUGGCGCCCCCCCGGGGGCCAGGGGCUCCCCAGCCUCGACGGAACGCCCUCCCGCCCGCAGCCGUCCCCCCGCCACAGCCCCAAAUGUCACCCAUCUCCGCCUCCCCAUCUUGGGGACCCCACGGCACCCCAUCCCCAUCCUCGGGCACCCCCCCUCCUCCCCGCCGGUGCCACCAGGACCCCCCUGGGCUGCGGAUAGGUCCUCUCAUCCCCGAGCAGGAUUACGACAGGCUGGAGGACUGCGACCCUGAGGGGUCCCAAGACUCUCCCCUCCCCGGGGAGGAGCAGCAGCCCCUGCUGCACGAGCCCGAGGGGCUCCGGGGCUCCUGGCAUCACAUCCAGAACCUGGACAGCUUCUUCACCCAGAUCUACAGCUACCACCAGCGGAAUGGCUUCGCCUGCAUCCUGCUGGAGGAUAUCUUCCAGCUGGGACAGUUCAUCUUCAUUGUCACCUUUACAACCUUCCUCCUUCGCUGCGUGGAUUAUGACGUGCUCUUUGCCAACCGACCAAAUAACCAGACAAGAUCCGGACCAUUCCCCAAAAAGGUGGCCAUGUCGGAUGCCAUCUUGCCCUCGGCCCAGUGCGCAGAGAGGAUCCAUGACAGCACCCUGCUGGUCUUCCUCCUGGUCCUGGCUGCUGGCUUCUGGCUGUUCCAGCUGCUUCGCUCAGUCCGCAACCUCUUCAGCUACUGGGACAUCCAAGUGUUCUACAGGGAGGCCUUGCACAUUCGCCCGGAGGACCUGGGCUCGGUGCCCUGGGCGGAGGUGCAGUCUCGCCUCCUGGAGCUGCAGAGGAGCGGGGGUCUGUGCGUCCAGCCGCGCCCGCUGACCGAGCUGGACGUCCACCACCGCAUCCUCCGCUACACCAACUACCAGGUGGCCCUGGCCAACAAGGGCCUGCUGCCGGCGCGCUGCCCGCUGCCCUGGGGCGGCAGCGUGGCCUUCCUGAGCCGCGGCCUGGCCCUCAACGUGGAGCUGCUGCUCUUCCGCGGGCCCCUGUCGCUGUUCCGCGGCGGCUGGGCGCUGCCGGAGGCCUACAAGCGGCGCGAGCGGCGGGGGGCGCUGGCGGCGCGCUGGGGGCGCGCGGCGCUGCUGCUGGCGGCCGCCAACCUGGCGCUGAGCCCGCUGGUGCUGGCCUGGCAGGUGCUGCGCGCCUUCUACAGCCACGCGGAGCUGCUGCGGCGCGAGCCCGGCGCGCUGGGCGCCCGCCGCUGGUCCCGCCUGGCGCGCCUGCAGCUGCGCCACUUCAACGAGCUGCCCCACGAGCUGCGCGCGCGCCUGGCCCGCGCCUACCGCCCGGCCGCCGCCUUCCUGCGCGCCGCCGCGCCCGCCGCGCCCCUGCGCGCCCUCCUGGCCCGCCACCUCGUCUUCUUCGCCGGCGCGCUCCUGGCCGCGCUGCUGGGGCUCACCGUCUACGACGAGGACGUGCUGGCCGUGGAGCACGUGCUCUCCGCCGUCACCGCGCUGGGGGUCGUGGUCACCGUGGCCAGGUCGUUCAUCCCCGAGGAGCAGGGCCAGGGGCGCCCCCCACAGCUCCUGCUGCAGGCCGCCCUGGCGCACAUGCACUACCUCCCCGAGCUGCCCGAGCAGCAGGGCGCCGGCGGCAGGGCUGGGGCCUACCAGCAGAUGGCGCAGCUGCUGCAGUAUCGAGCGGUCUCCCUCCUGGAGGAGCUCCUGUCCCCGCUCCUUACCCCGCUCUUCCUGCUCUUCUGGUUCCGCCCCCGCGCCCUGGAGAUUAUCGACUUUUUCCAUCACUUCACUGUGGAUGUGGCCGGCGUAGGGGAUAUCUGUUCCUUCGCCCUCAUGGACGUGAAGCGCCAUGGCCACCCUCAGUGGCUCUCCGAGGGACAGACGGAGGCCUCGCUGGCCCAGCGUGCCGAGGACGGGAAGACGGAGCUCUCCCUGAUGCGCUUCUCCCUGGCGCAUCCUCAGUGGCGCCCCCCGGGUCACAGCUCUAAGUUUCUGGGGCAGAUUCGGGGCCGGGUACAGCAGGAUGCAGCCGCCUGGGGCGCUACCUCAGCGCGCGGCCCCCCCGACCCCGGGGUGCUCAGUGACUGCACCUCGCCCCUGCCGGAAGCCUUCCUGGCCAACCUCUUGGUGAACCCCCUGCUGCCCCCAAGGGACCUGAGCCCCACAGCCCCCUGUCCAGCUGCCGCCACCGCCAGCCUCCUCGCCUCCCUUUCCCGCAUGGGCCAGGACCCCAGCUGUGUGUCCCCCGGUGGCGGCGCGGGGGGCCAGAAGCUGGCCCAGCUCCCAGAGCUGGCCUCUGCGGAAAUGAGUCUUCAUGCCAUCUACCUACACCAGCUUCAUCAGCAGCAGCAGCAGCAGCAGGGAUCGUGGGGGGAGGCUGUGUCCCCCGCUCCCUCCAGGCCCUGGUCCAGCCCCUCGCAGCCAGCCUCGCCUGACGACGACGAGAAGCCCUCGUGGUCCAGUGAUGGCUCCAGCCCCGCUUCCAGUCCCAGACAGCAGUGGGCGACUCAGAGGGCCCAGAGUCUGUUCCCGAGGGAGUUUCAGGAGACGGCAGACCCCAAGAAAGAGCCUGGCCAGGCCGCUUGCGCUGCGGACUGAGCGCACACUCCGGGUUCCUCACUCCUUCCUCCAGCUUCAGGGGAUUGGCUGGGCGGCGUGGAAGGACACAUGAAGCCAUCUUUAGAGCUCUUCCCACCCCCCACCCCUACCCCGCAGAUUAACGUGCCCAAGACGCUUCAGUCGGGCAAGGAUGGGGAUCUAUGAGGAACUUGCCCCAGUGAAGAGAGACAGAGGAGAGGAGACUGUGUGACAGGGAAGCCAGUCUUAACAUUGGUCCCCGCACAAAGGAGCCAAGGAGACCAAACUCCAAAUGGCCGCCAGCAAAGAAGUCUCUGAUCAUCUUCCAGGUGGAAGGCAGAGCCCCCCGCCCCCCCCCCCCCCGGCAGGAAGCGGCCAAGUUCAGUGUUGGGGGAAGCAGCAGUGAGCUGUGGGGUCUGAAAGACAAGGAAGUGCUUCCUGCUUGCUGGCCUCCCUCUCAGGCUCCCAUGGGCCCGGAGGGGAGGUGGGCGGGUGACUUGUGAGUGGAAAAUCUCGAGUAGGCUGAUGUGUUUGGCCUUCAGCCCUGCUGAGUGAGCUGUCUGGGGAAGUGGGCGGAGCUCCUCACCCCGUGCGAAGUAAGCCGUGAAGACGGCUUGCGGCUGCCUUGCACGUAGUUUGCGGCAGUUGCUGGCAGGCCCCACUCCUGGCAGCGGACGGACGG